AUCCGCACCAUCCACAGAAAAAAUCUUUUCCCUCAAACUAAGAUCCAUCCACUGGCAUGCGGUAUCUUCCUUCCAAGUUCUGCGUCUUGGCCCUUUCUUGGGCCAUUCUGUUCGGCCAUUCCCUUGGAGACUCCGUCCUUCCCAGUGUUGGUGACACGGAUUCGACGCUACAAGACCUCAUCCCAUUCGAUGCCACGGAAGAGGAUGGCAUUACUGUCACGGAACGUGUCCUCUCCAUCGAUGUCGACGACAACAACAGUACUGACGUCGUUUCCUUGGAUAUCGAAAUUGAUGAUAUCGAAGACGACGAAGACUUUGACAUCGACUCCUUUGACGUUGCGGCAUACUAUCAACAAUACAUCAACAACAGUACCCACGAGGGAAAGAACAAAACGGAUUCAGACUUUGAACACUCUGGGGCCGACGUGGAUCUCAAUAUUGACGUCGAUCCGAACGACUUUGAUUUGGAUUCCUUUGAUGUCGCAGCAUUUUAUGAUGACUACCUCAAGAUUCACAACGCAAGCAGUCUAACCAUGCCCUCAAGUGGCUUGGAUCCUGCCAUUAUUGCCGAUAUCCAAUCCAGGGGAUCAUUUAAAGAUCUCAAGGACAUGGUCUUGGAAAUUGUGACACACUCAGACGAACAGGAUCUAGAGUCGCCCCUCUUAACAGACAUCCUCAUCAGCCUAAGUACCAGCUUGGGCUAUGAACCUUGGGUCCUCCAAUUCUACCUUGAAACGUUUCCCAGCCAAGCUGAGGACAUCGCUCUGGCUCAUGCCAAUGCUGUGCAGGAGGUCAGGGAAAGAAAAGUUAAGGUGUUGGUGAACCUUUUCUUGCACACCAUGCUCAAGGACUUGAAAAAGGGAGUUCCCAUGGAAAAGAUUUUGAAAAGCCUGGGCAUGGAGCAACAUGAGCUGGAUGAAGCGCUCGAAGCCUACAACCACCCAGAUGUCAUUGAAGCACUGGAGAACGCUGAGGCGGAAGGAGCCAACCAUGCAUCCCACUUGAACGACAACAAUGGAUCUCCUGGACUAUUGACAAGGAAGCUGGCAAGCGAUGAGGUCAGGGAAAACAUUGAUGCACAGGAGGCCGAGCACCAUGAAACAUAUCGAAAGAGAAAAAUGCGUCGAGCUGACAUUCUCAAGUCCACAAAAACAUUCCUUGUCCGAGUUGAGGAUCACAAGACUUUUGUGCACCACCAUGCUCGCAGACUGACCAACUGCGAUGAUAUGACUGAAGAAGAGUGCGACGCUGAAACUCUUGAUGACAUGACUGAUGACUUGCUUACUCUGUCAGGCCUUGUUGAGACAGCUUUGAACCCCAUUCUUGAAUUCUUUCAUGUUUUUGAUAAGAUUGAAGACAAGCUGGGCAGUGUUAAGCUUGUUCUGAUGACUUUGAGUAUUGCCUUGACUGCUUGUGCAACUCUUCUUGAUCCAUACUUUGCUGGAAUCUUCACCCAGCUCAAAAAUGUUGUUGAUCUUGUCAAACCCAAGACUGACACUAUUGCCAACAAGGCAGCAGAUUUUGAGGAUGAGUUUAUUGAGAGGUGGAACUCAACUCUGAAUGGAGUCACAACAAUGAUGGACACAUUCACAACUGUUACUGAAACAGCAGCAGAAGUUGGAGGCUUCUUGGUUGGUGUCACUCAAAACCAAUGUGCUAAGUCCAUGGUUGAUGGCCUUCUUCCUGGCAUGAUUCGCAGAGCUCAGACAGGCCUUGGUCAUUUUGUUGAUGGGGCCAAGGACAUUGUGAAUGUUAUGGGAAACCUGGUCUCUGCGAUCGGUGGAGCAGCAUGGAAAACCACGUUCACAAUUUUGAAAGCUGUUGUAAGCAUUGGAGAGUUUUUGGCUCCAUUCUUCACCCCUCUGGCACCCAUUUCUGUGAUCGUGACUACGCCCCUGUACUUUCCCUGGGUUGACCUCAAGGUUCCAAAAGUGUUGGGAAGGGCAAAGUGUACGAACACUGAUGACAAGAAAUUCGAUAAGGUCCUUUCAAGUUGCUGGGAAACGGACAGUCCCAAGUGGAAAUUGCUGGUCCUCCCCCCUUUCCACAUGCAAAAGAAGUGUAGCAAUGAGGAUUUGCCCACAUUCAUGACCGGUGUGUGCAAGCUGCCAGGGAGGAACAUGGAAUCACGGUCUCGAAGCGAAACACAACGUGUGUGCGUCAACGUGAAUGAGCGGGUCUGUGCCCGGGUGAACGAGCAGGUCUGUUUUACUGUGAGAAUAAAGAAAUGCACAAGAAUAGCAGGAAGGAGGAAAUGUGUUGGUAGAAACAUCAGAAAGUGUGACAGAGUAUCGGUUGAUAGAUGCAGCACUGUCAGCGUGAGAAGAUGCGAUCAAGUGACUGUCAAUAUUCCAUAUUUGGCUUGCCCAAGUGGGACCCAGUGGUUUGUCGAUAAGUGCUACGAAGGCUGCCCUGGAGACUUCACCAGAGACCCUGUCAUCCGAAACUUGUGCAAUACUCCAAGGCGGGAUCAGAAUGUAAAGCUUGCCAGCUGCAGCAGCUACGAUGAGCCAUCCAAUUUGGGACCGCUUGGAAACUGCUGGGCAAAGUGUCCCAGUGGUUACACCAAUCUAGGGAUUCUCUGUGUUAAAGCAGGUACAUUCAAAUUCACAAUCCAAGAUGUCUUCGAAAAGGCUGAAAAGCUCCUUGAGGAUUUGACGGGAAAAUGGGUAGAGCGAGUUGAAGAUGGUCUGACAACAGUGCUGGAAACAGCCCUGGGAUUUUUGACUGGACUCAUCGAUGAGGUGACAGGAGCUGACUUCAGCUUUAAAGUUCCAAACUUGUCCUUCAAUGUGGACAACCUGCUGCCGUUGAAUCAGAUCAACCUCAACGUCCCAUCAUUGCCAUCCACAAACUUUGAUAUUGCUGGAAACCUGCUGAACAAGGUGACCAGCAAGUUGCCAUCCAAUCUGAUCAGCUGUGGUACUGAUGCUGACUGCCUUUUAAGCCAAAUGAACCUUCCCUCAGUGGAUGAGAUUAUGGAGAAGAUUGAGAACCUCUUCACUCCAGAGGACCUUGAAGCUGUUUUGGAUGCCUUUAUGGAGGUAGUCCCCAGCGUCAAUUGCAAGGCUUGGGAUGAAACCAGCAUUCCACUGGGCGAUGCUUUCGAGGCACUUACGGAGCUAAGCUGCAGUGCAUGCAACGUGAAAGUUCCCAUAUGUGCGGACAUGGGAACUGACUUCCUGGACGACUCAAUCCAGAAUGUGCUUAACUCACAGGUCCAGCCUAUUGUGAUGGGAGGGUGGGGAAAGAUCAAGGAGUUCUUGGCUCCGUGGGCUGAAGCCAGAAGACUUCUUGGUGAUGAUGUUGUCCGACGCAAGCUUGGUGGGUACAAUGACGUCAAAAAGUGGCAGCCUAUUCUUCCAAUCACGGUUCCAACCAGCUUUGGAUGGGAUGAAACCGCAGCAAACCAGCGCACUGGUAAAUGGGAAUAUUACCUCAUGGCUGAUCAUGGCCAUGAAGGUGGUGUGCAGGGUGCCGGGUACAUGUCAGGGUCCUACGUUGCGCUCAACCUACGUGUCAAAAUUGAGUUUGGUUUCAGUUACAUUGACUUUUAUGACAUGAUGACAUUUGAUUACAACCCCUUCAAUGAUUUUGGUAUGAAGUUUGGUUCGGAGUUUGAGCUCAAGUUCAGUACAACUGGAGAUAUUAAUGCUCUGCUGGACAGGCGUCGGCGAUGGGUUGAAAAGAUCAGAAACAUUGACGAAUCGGAUAUAUAUUUGAAAGGGGAUGAAUGCUUCGAGCUGGAAGACCAAUAUUUGUAUGACGUGGAUGGCAUGGCUGGAGAUGGGACCAAGCUAGCUUAUCACACUUCCCUUGACGAUGUUCUUCUUCAAUUCGUUGAGAAUGGCGACUUUUGGUACACUGUGUGCAAACCUCUCGAGGAGGCCAGGGAUAUGGUGUGGGAAGAAUACAAGAAGUACGAUUGCGAACCAGAGGAUAUGCUGAAGACUGUAGACCCACAGAAUGAAGAAGAACGCAGGAAGGCCAUUCUUUGUGUCAAAUACUGGUAUGAUACCAAACGUGAGGUGGAGGAGCUCAUUGCCAAGUAUUAUCGGCUAAAAGAUGAGGCGUACACGGGCAUUGCCGUGGCCAAACCCGGAUUCUUUCGUUCAUUGUGGGGAUCUACCAAGGAGGCUGUGAAGUACACUCUUCAUCCCAAAAACUGGCCCCUUGAUUCCUACUACUUCCUCAACAUGGCUGUUUCAGAGAUCAUGGGCGACAGUCGUGGCCUACGCCCCCGCAUGUGGGUCAGAAUGGUUUGGAGCCCUGUUGACUUUUUUGAGAUUGGACCUACAUUCCAGUUUGAUUUUGACGAUGAUGGUCUGCAGCUCUAUGGCCUUGGUGUGGGUUCCUUCACGAUUGAUUCCGCAAAAGUCUUGCGUCGAGAGAGACAGCUAAUGCAAUCUCAAGCGCCAUUGAAAGACAAAGACGGCAAUGAGAUUGAACGCGGAGUCGGCACAAUCCCUAUUGUUUCUUUAAAUGCUGGUAUCUGGUGCCAUGUCGACUUUGCCCCUGGCAAAGGAAAGAUUCGGGAUGGCUUUUGGUGCCCAGGUUUUGCGACGUAACCAGAAUGCACUGGCUUUAUUACCAUACCGUAGGUGCGAACUGACGCAGACGGCUCCCUUCUCAGUACGACGAGCAAGUCCGAGGCAAGCAGUUCAUCAUGUUGGCUGCUAUCGAGUCAAUCUGUAACGUAAAACAAUCUCUUGCUACAUGUACCGAUGGAACUCUGCUGCAAGCCAUACCGGUAUAGCCGUAGGUAGCUAAAAGUAAGGUAAAUGGCUGUGUCGCGCAGAUAUAUCGUCGCCCAAUUGUAAGGGAACAACGAAGAGGAAUAUAUAUGUAGCCAUGUUCACGUUAGUAAACGCCAACCAACAGACACCACAACAUGACGUCUCUUGCGUGGCUUGGACCAUCCGGUUCUCCCUGCACACCGGGAGCAUACAAGGCCUUGUCACUCUCUUGGGACUGUGUCUUUUGCGUGGAAACGUUGGACGUUCUCACGCAACUUGAAGACAAUUGACGACCCUCAAGCAUAUUGGAGCCGUCUCGACGAUCUCUCUCGAUCGGAUCCUCGCUGUGGCUGUAAACGGGGAAAGUUACUAUGGGUUAGAGAGAGCUAAGAUGAGGAUGGGGAGCGACAGAGAGGGGAGGGCACGAUGCAGGAAUGCAAGGCAAGCCAAGCAAUCAAGUGCACAAGCAGGGCAACAUGGAGACCAUGGAAAGGGGGGAAGGCAGGAGGGCAGGGAGGAGCGAAGGAGCAAGACUAGUGGAAGGGAUCGAGGGCAUCCUCGAUGUGUGCCAUGCAUGGUAGCAUCCAGUCGACAUCGGGUAUGCAUGGGGCGACCGUGGAAUCUCAAUAGCCUGUGCCCUAUCAAGGCUCGAUCAUAGCCUUAACCCCAUAUUUUCCUCAACUAAGUUAAUUGUCCUGGGAAUGGCAAAGGGCCCAUGCGGCUAUGCAUACAAGCCAUGCUAGUAGCUUGGAGCAUUGGAUUAUUCGAGUAUUA